UUGCGGACUUCACCUGCUUGUUCUGUAGCUGCCGAAUUUGUCCGUUUGCUUCAGCCUUGAGGAAAAGAUUUGGUUUACUCUUCCUUUUCAUACAGAUGGUAUCUGUAGGAGGUUAGCCCUGGGAGGGGGUGCUAUGAAUCUCGGCUGCUUGUCGGAUGGUCUGACUCUAUGGGAUAUGCAAAGCUGAGUCAGCGAGUGAUAACGGGAGCUUAACAGGAGUCACUGAAUUAGACAGUGACCAAGCUGGGAGAAAUGACAGAAAAAAACUGAGCCCUCCUGGAAACCGGUUACUUCUCUGAAAAUCAUCUAAGGAACCGUAAAAUUAUAGGAUUGUUUCUGACAGGUCAGAUGCCUAACCUAAAAGACAGGAUUUGAGGAGUGGUAACACAAGAGUGUGCUGCUGCACCGAGCUCUGCCGAGCACCUCUUCGCAGACGCAUCCGCUCUCUGCAUUCCUCCCAUCUCGCUCCACCCCUCCGUCCGGCGUCUCCCCUUUUUUCUCUGCCUAUUCCAUUUGUCCUUGGAACCAGAGUCCUUUCCAAGUCCAUCUACUCUUCUCCAUCUCCUGCUUCUGGAACAGGACUAAAAGGAUCGUCCCACGUUGGAUUCUGCCAGCCCUGGUUUUUCGACCUCUGGAAUUCUACUGUGCAUCUGUGUGUGCGUGUGCGUGAGCUUGAGUGUGUGUGUGAUUUGCAUUUGCGGCAUUGAGUGUCUGUGCUUUAAGAAGUGAUGGAUGUUUGUUGUCGGUGAGUAUUUGCAUCUGAGUGAGUGUUCUGCUGGGAUUUCUUGAUUCUUUUUUCAUCUGAUGUUCAACACCAUGAGCCAUGCUUCUGUGAUCCUCCUGUGCCUGCUGAGUGCCCGACCCUGGGGUUAACCCUCUCUAAGCCCGGGGCAGGAUGAGCGACACUUCUGGAGCUGUGACCACCUCAGGGGUGGUGAUCCUGGAGGAACCAGAGGUCGGUGGGGCUUCUGGGGGACGUCAAGGUGGAGAGCGUGCUGGAGCUUUUAGGUGCGCCUUUUGGCCGAGACAGCAGACUUGGCUGUGUGUAGUUCCCCUCCUGAUUGGCUUUGUAGGUCUCGGCCUUAGCCUCAUGCUGCUCAAAUGGAUUGUUGUGGGAUCUGUGCAGGACUAUGUACCCACAGACCUGGUGGAUGCUAAGGGUAUUGGACAGGAUCCAAUAUUCUUAUCCAAGCCAAGCGCUCUACCCAAGGGCCAAGAUAGCACCACUUCCCCCACCACCACAACCACCACUGUAUCCUCAACCAUCUCUACUAUUACCACAGCAGUGAGGGGCAAAACUCGAACAGCAGCACCUCCUAAUGCCAACCCUAGGGAUGGAGGUUCCUCUGGCAGCCAAGUGACGCAGAAGACCACCACAACAACUGCCUUCACAGGCCGGACAUCCACCUCCACGCCAUCUUCAUCCAAACCAACCGUCCUCAAUGACUCAACCCGUGAGCACUCAACCACAGAGAGGCCGGCAAACACUCCAGCUCGGACCCACGUCAGCCGCAAGACACCGGCCCCGACCCUCCCGCCCUUGAAAUCGGAGCAUUUCAAGCCGUGCCAGGAGAAGGACUUGGCCUAUUGCCUCAACGAUGGCGAGUGUUUUGUCAUCGAGACCUUAAGUGGCCCUCACAAGCACUGCAGGUGUAAAGAAGGCUUCCAGGGCAUCCGCUGUGACCAGUUUCUGCCCAAAACAGACUCCAUUCUGUCUGAUCCAACAGAUCAUUUGGGCAUCGAGUUCAUGGAGAGCGAAGAGGUUUACAAGAGACAAGUGCUGUCAAUCACAUCCAUCGCCAUGGGGAUCAGCUUCCUGGGCACACUCUGCAUGGCUCUGUACUGCCGGAACAAGAGACGUCGGGAAAAGCUCCAGGCCCACCUGAAAGAGAGCCGCGGCCUGAAAAACUACAGCGUCAGCCAACCGUGCAAGACUCACCCCGGUCUCCAGCUGCACAGCUACUGCAAAAGCACAAGAUCUCCGCUACACGGAGGUGCCGUCCAUGAGGCUGGUUUUUCCCAGAGUUCUGCAAUGGUUUCUUCCUAUACGAGGGGUUUAACGACAAGACAUCACAGGAGCAGCUCGGUCUCGAGCAAUGUCGAUCCAAAGAACCGGGCGGCCCUUCGCCUGUCGUCACGCAAGACUCCGCCCAUAACUGGAGGAAGACUCAAUCCCAUUACAGGACUGAAGGAUUCUGGACCCGCCUACCAGCACUUGCAGGAAACAGAAGGAACUGAGAGGGAUGGAGAACCAGCAAGAAUGAAUAUGAUGAAGCCUGAUUGCACCCUGCACCGGGAUACGUUCCAAGCCUCCCAACCCUCUCAACCAUGGGCGCCUGCCAGGAACCCUUGCUCCAUCUCGCCAGGAAACAGGUCCCCUGCUCCGUAUCGGAUCCCAAUCAUCCCGUCUGUCCACUCGCAUCAAGACGAGACCUCGUGUAUGCAGACGACUUCUGCAGAUGGAACAAACCAGAGUUUACCACGUCAAGGGGGUACAGGGGGUAGAGCGGACAACCCGGUUGUCAAUCCUCUCUGUGACAGGGUGGGGGAAAAGUGGAACGGAGGCGUCCGUGUGCCAGAGGAUCCCCGGGAAAAGCUCGAAAGCAACACCAACAUGAAGCAGGACGACAUCGUGUUCUCUAAUCCUCACGCGGCGAAAGAGACAGUUUGUAUUCUUCUCCCCAACGGAGCUGUUAACGGAGGCACAGCUCCUAGUGGACCAACAGAAACUCAUUUAGUGUAUCCCAGAGAUAUUCACAAGGACUCUACCCAACCUAGACAAUGAGAGGUUCUUUGUCACACCUUGUGUCUUGAGAACAAGGCUGCAGAGUGUUUCUGCCAAAAAUCAAUGAAUGGGAGUCUAUGGAAUACUGAAAACCAAUUAACUCUCA